UUGCAGGAUUAAUAUGUCUGAGGACACCAGGAACUUCAAAUGCUGCUCGGGCUUCUGUAUAGAUCUUCUACAGAGCUUUGCAGUUGAUUUAGGCUUCACGUACGACUUGUUUCGAGUGUCCGAUGGAACUUGGGGAACAGUAAACAACGGCGUCUGGAAUGGUUUGAUAGCAGAAGUUUUAUCGGGCAGAGCUGACGUGGUGGUGACAAGCAUCAAGAUCAACUCGGAGCGUAAGACAGCCGUCGACUUCACUAUUCCAUUUCUGGAUACGGGAAUAACGAUUGCCGUCGCCAAACGAACCGGCAUUAUUUCACCUAAAGCCUUUCUUGAGCCGUUCGAUACAGUAUCGUGGUUGCUAAUUCUGCUUGUAAGUAUCCAGUUAGCAGUACUGUUUGUUUUUGUCUUUGAAUGGAUGAGUCCCUCUGGAUAUGACAUGAAAUUAGCUCCACCCAGUGGUUACAAGUUCUCCCUGCUUCGUACUUACUGGUUGAUGUGGGCUAUUUUGUUUGGCGCUAGUGUCAACAUUGACUGCCCCAGAGGAUUUACAGCAAAGUUCAUGUCAAGUGUGUGGGCGAUGUUUGCCGUUGUAUUCUUGGCUUUAUACACGGCAAACUUGGCUGCCUUCAUGAUCACCAGGGAAGAGUUUUAUGAUUUGUCCGGCAUUGAUGAUAAAAGGCUUAAAAACCCCCGGUUGACAGACCCACCGUUUCGUUUUGGAACUAUACCUAACGGAAACACUGACGCAGUACUCAAGGAGUUCAAGCCUGAAAUCCACAAGUACAUGAAGAAGUUUAACAGAUCUUCGGUGAUUGGUGGAGUUAGAGCAGUUAAAAAAGGGAAGCUGGACGCCUUUGUAUACGACGCCACUGUCCUUGAAUACCUGGCCGGACAAGACAACGAAUGCAGGUUAUUGACUGUUGGUUCUUGGUACGCCACUACAGGAUACGGCUUUGCUCUACCCAAAAAAUCCAAGUAUCUUAGCAUGUUUAACAAAUGGAUGAUACAUUACAGAGAAAACG